AUGGAGAAAUUAAACACUGGCGAUGGACAACUUUUCAUCAAGAAUGUCGCUAGUUACGUUCGAACCCACGAAAAAGCACUCGCCAAUGCGCUCCAGCUUCGGCGGCAGCCUACCAAAAAUGCGAUCCCUCAAUCUCCCAGUGGUCCUUUAACUCCUAGUAGUUCCUUUGCGUCUACUUCAUCCACCCUGGCCGCAGCCUUCUCAUCCGCGGCUCUGAAGUUCAUGUCACAGAAUGCCAAAACCGCCAAACUGACAUUGACCCCCCACCACCUAUUUUACCUCCUCUCCCGCUUCGAAGAACUCAGCAUCGCAGUGGGCCCAAUGAACAUUCGACUGGAGAACAUCCACACAGAGGUCUCACAGUCCUAUGUUUCCUUCCUUAAUAAACCCCAGCGAUCCCGGGGCGAUGGUGCCUCAAUCCAUUCCGUUUCCAGUGUUCGUAGUGUUAUGUCUGGUAUGACUGACCUCUGGUCAUCUUUCCGCAUUGGAUCAAAGGAUACCCCAUCCAAAUCGGACAGGGCCAAAGCUGCCUUGGAAAUGGAUCUGAAGUACUUGUACUCUGCCUUCACCAAGAUUCCGUGUCUCAGGCUUGCCCCGGACCAUCGAGCUCCUUUGAUCAGUGGAUAUGAAGAAUUUCCUUUUGACACGGCGGUGCCGUUGCAUUCUUUCAAGAAUUUGAGCGCUUUAGAAAUCAUUGAUUUAGAUUACCGUUCUUUUUACGGCUGGGACCGAUUGUCUGAGCAGCUGCGCACCUUGACGCUCAAGCGGGCGCACUUGGAGGACCCUGCCGAUCUUUUGACGAGAAUUGUGUUGGACGACAUCGACAAGCGACGGCGCCGAUCUGCCAAGUCCCAACAAUCGCCUUCAUUGGGAUGGACUGGCAGUUCUAGCACUCAACCUGUUCAUACCCCCAGCCAAGCCAAUUCUCUCUCGGCGCCCGGAUCUCCUGUGAUGGACACGGCUUUUGGAUCCAGUGCUAGUCCCAAGGCCCACUCGAUGAUUCGGACAGGAUCUGAAGGCGCCAAGAUUCGCACCAGAGCUGGAAGUACGUCGCCAACUCGCCCAGCCACGAAGCAUGGACACCGUCGGGGUCAGUCUCGUCAGAUCAGACGUACCGGAUCUGCGAGCUCAGAGUCCAGUGAUCUCUCCCGGAAUGGAAGCUCUUCAAACUUGGUCGCGGAUGUUCUGUCACCUUCGAAAUGGAGGUUCCUGCGACACUUGGGUCUUCCUGAAAACUCACUUACGUCCGUCUCCGCUGCCAGUCUGGCUCCGGUAGCCAACAGUUUGAACUCGCUUGAUCUUUCCUCGAACCUCUUGACUGAGAUUCCAGACGGUGUGGCAUCCUUGGUGGCCCUGCGGGCACUCAAUUUAUCGCAUUGCAUGAUCGAAUCUCUCCACUCAUUGACCCGCAACCCUUUGCCCGCCAUUACUGUUCUCACACUCCGUGGAAACCGCCUGCGUUCACUCGCAGGUGUCGAACGUUUGCUCUCUUUGGAAAGACUGGAUCUUCGGGACAAUAAUUUGACAGACCCGACUGAGAUUGCACGACUCACUAAUCUGCCUGAAAUACGGGAGAUUUGGGUGUCUGGCAAUCCUUUUGUCAACACCCACUCUGGAUAUCGAGUUGUGAUUAUGAAUCUCUUCCGUCGGACGCCUGGUUAUUCCGAGGAUAUCAUAAUCGACGGUAGAGGUCCUGGCUACACUGAGAGGAAGCAGCUUGUUGAGCGGGUUGCCGAGCCUCAAGCCGCACCAAUUGUGCGUUGCAGCCAAGCAGAUGAAUCGACGUUUGUGCAAAAGGCCGCUACCGUCAACAAAGUACCGCACGAUCUUGCGGCCCUGAAGCCCCAAGAAGAGGAGAUUUUUCAAACCAAUGAAUUGCAGAAAGAAAGCGACGGGGGCACCAAUCGUCGCAAGAAGUCCCAACGACGCAGAAUAGUCGACAUCUCAGUCGACAACCCGUUCAGUCCAGAUGGAUUAGGCAACCCAGGUAGUGCAACUAUUCCGGCUCUUCCUGUUCAACAAAUUCAAACCCCCGUCCACCCCCCGACCGAUAUCUCUGUUGAUCAGCCGUGGAGGCUCGACACUGGGGAUCAAGCCGGGUCCUCAAACAUCAAAAGUUCACCAAAGCAUAUGAACCCCUCAAGUCCUACUCUUGUGCAGCCUUCCCAGGGCAAGGACAGGACCAUGGAUGAAGAGUUUUGCCGCCAGCAGUUAGAAGUCCUCCGCCAGGACGUCGGCCAUAACUGGCUGACCGUUCUCGGAGAAAAUGACUGGGAUAACUCCCAUAAAGACUUCGCCCACAGCUCGGGGGCAGGCUUGGACCAUUCCGCUCACAUCUCCACCCCACCUAUCACCCGCUCGAAUACCCAGGCCAUUUUGAGCGGACAUGCGCUUAGCGGAUAA